CGAGCGAGGCAGUCCGUCGUGCCCCGAUCAUCAAUGCUCUCCAGGGCCGCCCUUGUCGCUCCGCGGCUGUCGCGAGGCUUCCGCGCGGCCAAGCCGGCGCAAGAUGUGCUCGCGCCAGACACGUCCGGCCCGCUCAUGGCGCAGUACCACAAGCUCAACUGGGCGCUGCUCGGCCUCACGCCAGUCGCCUUUGCCGUCUCUCCCUCGCUGCUCGCGAUGCCGGUGGACCUCGCCCUCGGCGUCGCCUUCCCGCUGCACGCCCACUUCGCCAUGAACUGCGUCAUCGCCGACUACGCCGAAAAGUUCCUCGGCAAGGGCGCGAAGGGGCCGAGCCGCGUCGCGAUGCUCGGCCUGACGGGCGUGACUCUGCUCGGCUUCCUCCGCCUCAACCUGACGGGCGAGGGCAUCACAGGCACGGUCAAGCGGCUCUGGCGCAAGUCGACGUGAGCUUCCACCCUGGCUGCGCCCUGCGGCCAACUUGCGGCUUGUGAGGGCGGCCCCCGCCGCCCACUCGCUCUCUUCUGUGUGUGUGUGUUUCGGUCGAUUCGCUCAGCCCGAACGGGCGAGCCGCCCCGGAUUGCGCUUCUUGGUACGUCGCCCGCUUCUCGGUCGCUCUCACAGGCGCCCCCCCGCGGCACGCCCCGCCGACGUGCCGUCGGGUCGGUGUAGUCCCGUGUGUGCGCGCGCCUCGGCCAUUCCAGUGCCCUGUGUGGCUCGUCCCUCGGGCACACCGCAGUCGUGACAAUAAUAAACUUUCGGUUUCGCA